AUGGAACAAAUACCCAUUAUUUGGGGAACCGGAACACCGGUGGGACCUAUUCAUGAGGUGCAUCACUGAAACAAACCCAGUGUGGUCCAGCUUAUCACCGGGGUGAUUACAGUAAUCGGGGUGUUUAUCAUAUCUAAGCCCGAGUUCAUAUUUGGUUCGGAUGGUCCGGACAAGUAUGACAAGCGUUGGAUUGGGAUAAUACUGUCGCUGACCGCAGCGAUGACAGCGGCGAUGGCGAUGAUUAAUCUGCGUCAACUCAAAUCGACCCCGGUGCCCGUUGUGGUCAUGUGGUACGCCUUGACAGUGGUGGUCAUCGGUGGGUCAGUGUUGCCAAUACUGGAUCGCUGGACACUGCCCACCGGUAUCAAGCAAUGGGGUCUAUUGGUGGCUAUAGGAGCUGCGGGUGUACUAUGCCAGUUUUUUUUAACUACAGCGUGCAAAUAUGAAAGUCCCGGGCCUAUAUCGGUGGCAUCGAGUUUUAAUAUAGUAUUGGCAUUUAUAUGGGAAGUGACAAUAUUCCACGAGCCCGUCCAGUGGCAGUCCAUUACCGGUGCUGUACUCAUAUCGUCGUGUGUAGUGAUAACAGCGUUGAAUAGUAUGUAUGAGGAAAGUCCCGAAAAGUUUGUGAAGGUAUUUAUGUUAGUGUUUUCGAUGAGACGGAACCACGAGACCAGUGCUGGCAAUCAUAGCGGUUGCAAUAAUAAUAGUAAUAAUAGUAAACCACAGUUGGAUACGAUUGAUGGCCAGUUGUCUUAUGACAAAAGUGUUAAAACAAAAACCACACUCGACAUAUGUCUAUUUCAAUUCAUAUUCUACUUUAUCAUAACUAUAUGGAAACAAUAUCCAAUAUUCGGGGAACCGGGACACCGGUGGGACCUAUUCAUGCGUUGCAUCGCUGGUACCACAUCGUCAAUCACCCUGUUUACAUCAUACCGACUAAUGCCAUUAUCAGACGCAACCACGAUCUACCAAACCUCUCCAAUAUUUGUCAUAGUAUUUGCGUACCUAAUACUGCGAGAUCGACCCAACGUGGUUCAGCUAAUUACCGGGAUAAUUGCUGUUAUUGGUAUAUUUAUCAUAUCUAAACCAGAGUUCGUAUUCGGUUCGGAUGGUCGGGACAAGUAUGACAAGCGCUGGAUUGGGAUAAUACUGUCGCUGAUGGCAGCGAUAACAGUGGCAAUGGCGCUGAUUAAUUUGCGUAAACUGAAAUCGACCCCGGUGCCAGUUGUAGUCAUGUGGUACUCCGUGACAGUUGUGGUCAUCGGUGGGUUAGUGUUGUCAAUACUGGACCGUUGGACAGUACCCACCGGUAUCAGGCAAUGGAGUUUAUUGGUGUCUAUAGGAGCUACGGGUGUGUUGAACCAAUAUUUUCAAACCACCGCGCUCAAAUAUGAAAGCCCCGGGCCAAUAUCUGUAACACAGAAUUUUAAUAUCGUACUGGCAUUCAUAUGGGAAGUGACAAUAUUCCACGAGCCCGUCCAGUGGCAGUCCAUUACCGGUGCUGUACUUAUAUCGUCGUGUGUAGUGAUAACAGCGUUGAAUAGUAUGUAUGAGGAAAGUCCCGAAAAGUUUGGGAACGCUUUUAUGUCAGUGUUUCGGAUGGGACGGAACGGCGGCGCCCACCACGAGAUUAGUGCUGGCAAUCCUAGCGAUUGUAACAAUAAUAGUUAUGAUAGUAAACAACAGUUGGAUACGAUUGAUGGACAGUUGUCUUAUGCUAAAAGUGUUAAAACAAAGAUCACACCCGACGUUAUUACUUAA